AGUCGCCCAACAUGGCUGGAGCGCGGCGGAGGUGAGCCGGCCGCCCCCUGCCGCCCAGCCUGCUGCAGCCCGAGCGCCGCGACACCGGCGCCGCCUCAGCCCGAGGGCCCGGCCGCUGCUCGCCGCCGGCAUGUGGGGCUCCGCGGACGAGAGCUCCGUGCGGGUGGCUGUCAGAAUAAGACCUCAGCUUGCCAAAGAAAAGAUUGAAGGAUGCCAUAUAUGUACAUCUGUCACACCAGGAGAACCUCAGGUCUUCCUGGGAAAAGACAAGGCUUUCACGUUUGAUUAUGUGUUUGACAUCGACUCCCAGCAACAGCAAAUUUAUACUCAGUGCAUUGAAAAACUGAUUGAAGGUUGUUUUGAAGGAUACAAUGCUACAGUGUUUGCUUAUGGACAGACUGGAGCUGGAAAAACGUACACGAUGGGAACAGGGUUUGAUGUUAACAUCGUUGAGGAAGAACAGGGUAUUAUUUCUCGUGCUGUUAAACACCUUUUCAAGAGUAUCGAAGAAAAAAAAACCACAGCAAUCAAAAAUGGACUUCCUCCUCCAGAUUUUAAAGUGAAUGCCCAGUUCUUAGAGCUCUAUAAUGAAGAAGUCCUUGACUUAUUUGAUACUACUCGUGAUAUUGAUUCCAAAAAUAAAAAAUCAAAUAUAAGAAUUCAUGAAGAUUCAACGGGAGGAAUUUACACUGUGGGCGUCACAACACGCACUGUGAACACAGAAUCGGAGAUGAUGCAGUGUCUGAAGCUUGGAGCUCUGUCCAGGACCACGGCCAGUACCCAGAUGAACGUGCAGAGCUCUCGUUCGCACGCCAUUUUCACCAUCCACGUGUGUCAGACCAGAGUGUGUCCCCAGAUGGAUGCCGAGAACGCAACUGAUAACAAGAUGAUUUCUGAGUCAUCACAGAUGAAUGAAUUUGAAACCCUGACGGCAAAAUUCCAUUUUGUUGAUCUGGCAGGAUCAGAAAGGCUGAAACGAACAGGGGCCACCGGCGAGAGAGCCAAAGAAGGCAUUUCCAUCAACUGUGGCCUGCUGGCACUUGGUAAUGUCAUCAGCGCCCUGGGCGAUAAGAGCAAGAGGGCCACCCACGUCCCCUACAGAGACUCCAAGUUGACAAGACUCCUGCAGGAUUCCCUGGGGGGCAAUAGCCAAACCAUCAUGAUAGCCUGUGUCAGCCCUUCCGACAGAGACUUUAUGGAAACGCUCAAUACCUUGAAGUAUGCUAACCGAGCUAGGAAUAUCAAAAACAAGGUGAUGGUCAACCAAGACAGGGCUAGCCAGCAAAUCAACGCGCUCCGCAGUGAGAUCACGCGCCUUCAGAUGGAGCUCAUGGAGUACAAAACGGGGAAAAGAAUAAUUGACGAGGAAGGCGUAGAAAGCAUCAAUGACAUGUUCCAUGAGAAUGCCAUGCUACAGACGGAGAACAAUAACCUGCGGGUGAGAAUCAAAGCCAUGCAAGAGACAGUGGACGCACUGAGGGCCAGGAUCACACAGUUGGUCAGUGACCAGGCCAACCAGGUUCUUGCCAGAGCAGGUGAAGGGAACGAGGAGAUUAGUAAUAUGAUUCACAGUUAUAUCAAAGAAAUAGAAGACCUCAGGGCCAAGUUACUGGAAAGCGAAGCUGUGAAUGAGAACCUCCGGAAAAACUUGACGAGAGCCACAGCGAGAUCGCCGUAUUUCAGUGGGUCGUCAGCAUUCUCUCCUCUGUUGUCCUCGGACAAGGAAACCAUUGAGAUUAUAGAUCUAGCGAAGAAAGAUUUAGAGAAGCUAAAAAGGAAGGAAAAGAAGAAGAAAAGAAGGCUACAGAAACUUGAGGAAAGCAGUCGAGAAGAAAGAAGCGUGGCUAGUAGAGAAGAAAAUGCAGAUACAGACCAAGAGAAGAAGGAAGACAAGGGUGUUUCAGAGAGAGAGAACAGUGAGUUGGAAGUGGAAGAGUGCCAAGAAGUGAGUGAGCAUGAAGAUGAGGAAGAGGAGGAGGAGGAGGAGGAAGAUGACAUUGAAGGGGGUGAAAGCUCUGACGAAUCAGAUUCGGAGUCCGAUGAGAAAGCCAACUACCAAGCUGACUUAGCGAACAUCACUUGUGAAAUUGCCAUUAAGCAAAAGCUGAUUGAUGAGCUUGAAAACAGCCAGAAGAGACUGCAAACGCUGAAGAGGCAGUAUGAAGAGAAGCUGAUGAUGCUGCAGCACAAGAUCCGGGACACUCAGCUGGAGAGAGACCAGGUGCUUCAGAACCUAGGCUCAGUCGAAUCCUACUCAGAAGAAAAGGCAAAAAAAGUGAAGUCUGAGUAUGAGAAGAAGCUGCAAGCCAUGAACAAGGAGUUGCAGAGACUUCAGGCUGCUCAGAAGGAGCACGCCAGGCUGCUGAAAAAUCAGUCUCAGUAUGAAAAACAGUUGAAGAAGCUGCAGCAAGAUGUGAUGGAAAUGAAGAAAACAAAGGUUCGUCUGAUGAAACAAAUGAAAGAAGAGCAGGAGAAAGCCAGACUGACGGAGUCUAGAAGAAACCGAGAGAUUGCGCAGCUGAAAAAGGAUCAGCGCAAAAGAGAUCAUCAACUUAGACUUCUGGAGGCCCAAAAAAGAAACCAAGAAGUGAUUCUUCGCCGCAAAACUGAAGAGGUCACAGCUCUUCGCCGGCAAGUCAGGCCCAUGUCAGACAAAGUGGCCGGAAAGGUCACUCGGAAGCUGAGCUCGUCGGAUGCUGCUGCUCAGGACUCGGGCACCAGUGCAGCUGCUGUGGAAGCGGACACGUCUCGGGCAGGAGCCCAGCAGAAGAUGAGAAUUCCUGUAGCCAGGGUCCAGGCCUUACCAACACCUGCAGCCAAUGGAACCAGAAAAAAGUAUCAGCGGAAAGGACUGCCUGGCCGAGUGUUCACUUCCAAGACGGCACGCAUGAAGUGGCAGCUGCUUGAGCGCAGGGUCACGGACAUUAUCAUGCAGAAGAUGACCAUCUCCAACAUGGAGGCCGACAUGAACCGGCUGCUCACGCAACGAGAAGAACUCACAAAAAGACGAGAGAAACUUUCAAAAAGAAGAGAGAAGAUCAUCAGGGAUACUGGAGAGGGGGACAAAAAUGUGGCCAACAUCAAUGAGGAGCUAGAAUCACUGACAGCAAAUAUAGAUUACAUCAAUGACAGCAUCUCCGAUUGCCAAGCCAACAUCAUGCAGAUGGAAGAGGCAAAGGAGGAAGGUGAGGCGCUGGAUGUCACUGCAGUCAUUAAUGCUUGCACACUCACGGAAGCCCGGUAUCUUCUAGAUCACUUCCUGUCCAUGGGCAUCAAUAAGGGUCUUCAGGCCGCUCAGAAAGAGGCUCAAAUUAAAGUACUUGAAGGUCGACUCAAGCAAACGGAAAUAACCAGUGCUACACAGAACCAGCUGUUAUUCCACAUGUUGAAAGAGAAAGCAGAAUUAAAUCCUGAGCUGGAUGCUUUGCUAGGCCAUGCUUUACAAGAUCUAGAUAGCGUGCCAUCAGAAAAUGCAGAGGAUAGUACCGAUGAGGACGCACCUUUGCACAGCCCAGGAUCGGAAGGAAGCACGCUGUCCUCAGACCUCAUGAAGCUGUGUGGGGAAGUGAAGCCCAAGAACAAGGCCCGAAGGAGGACCACCACUCAGAUGGAGUUGCUGUAUGCAGAUAGCAGUGAGCUAGCUUCAGACACUAGCACGGGAGGUGCCCCCUUGCCAGGCCCUCUCUCGCGUGUUGCCGAAGGGCAGGAGACUGGCGUGACUGCUGAGACGAGUGGCGCUUGUGCUGGGGAGAAAGAGCCUGCUCCCGCAACAGGCUUGCCUGCUAAGAUAGGCAGCAUUUCCAGACAGUCUUCUCUAUCGGAGAAAAGAGUCCCAGAGCCUUCCCCUGUCACAAGGAGGAAGGCAUACGAGAAAGCAGAGAAACCGAAGGCGAAGGAGCAGAAGCUCUCAGAUUCUGGAACUUCCGAGGCUAGCCUUUCACCUCCUUCCUCCCCACCAAGCCGGCCCCGUAACGAGCUGAAUGUUUUUAAUCGUCUUACUGUUUCUCAGGGAAACACAGCAGUUCAGCAGGAUAAGUCUGAUGAAAGUGACUCCUCUCUGUCCGAAGUACACAGAUCCUCCAGAAGGGGCAUAAUUAACCCAUUUCCCGCCUCGAAAGGAGUCCGUGCCUCCGCCCUGCAGUGUGUCCACAUUGCUGAAGGGCACACGAAGGCUGUGCUGUGUGUGGACGCCACUGAUGACCUUCUGUUCACUGGAUCCAAAGAUCGGACUUGUAAAGUGUGGAAUCUAGUGACCGGACAGGAGAUAAUGUCCCUGGCAGGCCAUCCCAACAAUGUCAUCUCUGUAAAGUACUGUAAUUACACCAGUCUGGUCUUCACUGUGUCAACAUCUUAUAUUAAGGUGUGGGAUAUCAGAGACUCAGCAAAGUGCAUCCGGACGCUGACGUCUUCCGGUCAAGUGACCCUCGGGGAUGCUUGUUCAGCCAGUACCAGCCGGACCGUCGCGAUCCCUUCUGGAGAGAACCAGAUCAACCAGAUCGCGCUGAACCCCACUGGCACCUUCCUCUACGCAGCUUCCGGAAACGCCGUCAGAAUGUGGGAUCUUAAAAGGUUUCAGUCCACGGGAAAGUUAACGGGACAUCUGGGCCCUGUUAUGUGCUUGACUGUUGAUCAGAUCUCCAAUGGGCAAGAUCUCAUCAUCACUGGAUCCAAGGACCAUUACAUUAAAAUGUUCGAUGUAACCGAAGGCGCUCUGGGCACUGUGAGUCCCACUCACAAUUUUGAGCCGCCUCAUUACGACGGCAUCGAAGCGCUCACCAUUCAAGGCGACAACCUCUUCAGCGGGUCCAGAGACAAUGGGAUCAAGAAGUGGGACUUGGCCCAGAAAGACCUUCUGCAGCAAGUUCCAAAUGCACACAAGGACUGGGUCUGUGCACUGGGCAUGGUGCCCGGCCACCCGGUUCUGCUCAGCGGCUGCAGAGGGGGUGUGCUGAAGCUGUGGAACGUGGACACGUUUGCGCCUGUGGCCGAGAUGAAGGGGCAUGACAGCCCCAUCAAUGCCAUCUGUGUUAACUCAACCCAUGUCUUCACGGCGGCUGAUGAUCGAACCGUGAGACUUUGGAAGGCUCGCAGUUUGCAAGAUGGCCAAAUUUCUGACACAGGAGACCUGGGAGAAGAUAUUGCCAGUAAUUAAACGUGAAUGAAGAUAAGUCAUAAGCUGAAUACUGUGACACAUUAUCUAUGUUGUUUGUGGAAAUUCUGUCCUGUAUUUAUUAGGCAAAAAACUUAUGAGUGGGAUUAACUGGAAAAUGUAUCUGGCUCCAGCUGCUGAGUAGGAAUGGUAUUCUAAUAAAACCGUCUGCCAUCCUGUGUAUUCAAUGUCAGUAUCUAGCAGUACGUAUGUAUCCUACAGUUGGUGUUCUGCUUGAUUUGCACUUCUAUUGUGGCUGGAUUUUUGUGCCUAGCUAUAUAUAUAUAAAAUCUCCCAAGUUAUCUGAAUUCUAAAGACGCUGCGUUUGUGAUGAUCAGAAAAUGCACCUGGGAUACAGCCCAGCCCCCGGCCUUGCGUUCUGCAGCCUGCCCGUGAUUGACAUGGUAAACCCCCUGGAGACGUUAGCCACACGGCCAUCUGCUCGUCAGCCACUGAGAGCAGUUCAGACAAGGUUCCCAAAUUUCGAAGCUGCUUCACGUCCUGGUAAAGAAGACAAUAAGGGGCGUAUGACCGAUGCUUUUCUGUAAAGAGGCAUUGAUCUUGAACUACUAAGGAAGACUGUCUCUUGGUCUCCGUGUUCAGUGUUGGCCUUGUAUUGACCAAAGCUUUGCACCUCUGCUGUCUGUCUGCUGUGCUCAGGACUCUGACACGCUCACACGGUUGUUUGGGUAGUGCUGUGUGUGUGUUCUGUGAUGGGAAGCUUUCUGAUGUCCUAACAGAAAUAUAUUUUGAUCUAUUUUCCUAUGGAGUUGUUUCUAUUAUCACUUCUUCAUUUUUUUUUUAUUUAAUGGUAGUAUUUCUUCCCUCAUUACCUAAUUUUUUAUAUGCUGCUAAAUAUAUUUUCAAACACACUAUGUCUGCAGACCGUGGUAGCUGUGAUGAAUAUUAUUACGAGUGGUGAGAGAAGCUUUGUACAUAGGUGCGUUGUAAAGAGAGAUUCCUGUGUUUUGCCUGUAUGAAUUUUUUAGUGCUGUAGAUUGCGUUUUGCAAAGGGAUAUAUAAUUUUCUGUCUGCUGAGAGUAUUAAUUUGUAAAUUCUGCCAGUUUAAUUUUUAAUGUAGCAGGUAUAACAUUUGAACAUAUUGUCUUAUUCAUUUUUCCCCUGAAUAUAUACGCGUGUAAAUGAAGGCUUAGCUAGUGCUUAAAUAAACGUGUUGCCA